AUGAAAACUUCAUACGACCAAGUUGAAUCUGAAUCUUAUCUUAUUAACUUAUUAAAUCUAUAUUGUUUAACGUCUCCAAUGAGAUUGCACACCUCCUGCUAUCAAUGUUCUCACUCUGUGUUUGGCAUUUCUCGCCAUGAAGGAAGGUUGAGGGAGCUAAAUUUCAACACUUCUCAGAUUGGUUGAGCAGAAAAACACUAUGCAUUUCAUUUUCCUAGGGCUAGAAAUCCACUCAUCGUUGGCUUACCUGAUAUAUAUGGGACGGGAAACACCAUAAAGCUGAAACUCAUAAUCAAAAUAUGCCAUAAUGCCGAAUAAUUAGCUCCGCUAAUUUUUUCUCAUUCAGCAAUAUUUUGAUUAUGAAUCUGAAUCUUAUCAAUGCUUCGAAAAUCUCGCAUAUAGUUCUUUAGUUGGGGCUGGAAUAGCUAGCGCAAUUUCCUUACUAGUAUUGAAGUCAAGACUUCCUGCAAUUUUAUAUGGAGCUGGAUUUGGUGCAGGCUUAUCAGUUCACCAAUGCCAAAUUAAGUUUGAAGAGCUAAAUACUGAGAAAAAGACUUAUCCAGCAGAAGCUGAAACCUGGGUCAGCGCACUUGCAAUGAUGGGCAGAGUUUUAAAUGCUAACUCUUAA